CCAGUGCCAAGAAAGAAGUCAACUUUUCUUCCCCUAUUUCCCUGCAUUUCUCUUCUGUCCUCACUGCCACACGCAGCUCAGCCUGGAAGGCACAGCCAGAUGUGAGAUGCGUCUCUGCUGAUCUGGGUCUGCCUGCAGCAUGGACCUGCGUCUUCCAUGAAGCAUCUCCAGGGCUGGAGAGAUAACUGGCAAGCACUGAGGGCUCAUCCAUCCACAGAGCAGAGCAGUGGGAGGAGACGCCAUGACCCCCAUCCUCAUGGUCCUGAUCUGUCUCGGGCUGAGUCUGGGUGCCAGGACCCACGUGCAGGCAGGGACCCUUCCCAAGCCCACUCUCUGGGCUGAGCCAGGGUCUGUGAUCAGUGAGGGGAGUCCUGUGACCCUCAGGUGUCAGGGGAGACUUCAGGUUCAGGAGUACCGUAUAUAUAGGGAAAAAAACCUAGCAUCCUGGGUUGGACGGAUACGACAACAGCUUGUCAAGAAGGGCUAUUUCCCCAUUGGAUCCAUCACCUCGGAACACGCAGGGCGGUAUCGUUGUUGGUAUUACAGCCGCAAUUAUGCAUCAGAGUACAGCGACCCCCUGGAGCUGGUGGUGACAGGAACCUACAGCAAACCCACCCUCUCAGCCCUGCCCAGCCCUGUGGUGACCUCAGGAGGGAAUGUGACCCUCCAGUGUGUCUCACAGGUGGCAUUUGAUAACUUCACUCUGUGUAAGGAAGGAGAAGACGAACACCCACAAUGCCUGAACUCUCAGCCCCGUACCCGUGGGUCAUCCCGGGCCGUCUUCUCCGUGGGCCCCGUGAGCCCGAGUCGCAGGUGGUCGUACCGGUGCUAUGGUUAUGACUCACGCUCUCCCUAUGUGUGGUCUUUACCCAGUGAUCUCCUGGAGCUCCUGGUCCCAGGUGAGAAAUUCACAGCGUUGCCUGGAGUUCCCUGAGUCUCUGGGCAGGUGGGGAGGAGCCGCGUCUCAGGGCAGCGCCAGGUGGGAUGAUGUUGGGACGAGAGGGCUCAGGGCUCCUGGGGCCAGAGACACAGGAAGAUCAGCAGUGGUGAGGCCCAGGGGGAGAGGGAGGGUUUGUG